CAUUCAUUGCGGUGGCAUAGGUAACCUUGAAAAGGCCACCCUCGGAGCGCUACUACUUUAGUCCGCCGGGGUUUACUUGGUCUCCAGCGGCGACGAUCGGAGCCCGGUCUUUCUCGAUGGAGCGUUAAGUCGCAAAGUGCGGGACGAUUCCUUUUUACGGCACGAUACACGCGCCGCAAAAUUCCACAGGCAGAGAAAGAGCGAGAGAGAGGAGCAGAGAGUGUGGUGCGCAUCGUUGACCGUCGUCUCCGUCGUUAAAUAAAAAAAAUGUCAUCGUGAAACAGUGCCGCGCGUUGUUGGUGCGUUUACGCGGGCGGCAGCGUUUGCAGGUUAUAUCUCCCGGGAGGUGCGGCGCGAGGAUGCCGUCCGCGAGGGAUUGAGCGACGUAUCGUUGAAGUCGACAGCGAGCGACGGUAUCGCGGGGGAGGUGUCAGCAUGGUGCAGCGCCCGGUCGCGCCUCGGCGCAACGUCAGGAUACUGUUGAUCGGCGAGCGCGGCGUCGGCAAGACCUCCCUGAUACUGUCCUUGGUGAGCGAGGAGUACGCGGAAGAGGUGCCGAGUAAGGCCGAGGAGAUCACGAUACCGGCGGACGUCACGCCGGAGCAAGUGCCGACACACAUAGUCGAUUACUCAGCUGUAGAACAAACGGAGGAUCAACUGGCAGAGGAGAUCCAGAAGGCGCACGUGAUAUGCGUCGUUUACUCCGUGGACGACGAGGAUACUUUGGAUAGAGCUGCCAGCUACUGGCUGCCGUUAAUCAGAAGAUGCUCACCCGACAAUCGGUGUCCGGUUGUGCUCGUGGGCAACAAGAUUGAUCUCGUGGAUUAUUCCACCAUAGAGGCUGUAUAUCCCAUCAUGAAAGAAUUCACGGAGAUUGAAAGCUGCAUAGAGUGCUCGGCGAAAACACUUCAGAAUGUCUCGGAAACGUUUUAUUAUGCACAAAAGGCAGUUCUGCAUCCGACUACACCUUUGUACAAUUAUGACACCCAGGAGCUCACAGAGGAGUGCAAAACUGCCCUACAGCGAAUUUUUAAAAUAUGCGAUGUAGAUAACGACGGACUUUUAAACGAUAUGGAGCUGAACGCGUUUCAGCAGUGGUGCUUCAACACUCCGUUACAACCGCAAGUGCUGGAGGAUGUGAAAGCUGUGCUGUCAAAGAACAUUUGCGACGGCAUAUGUAACGGGUGUGUCACGAUGAAAGGUUUUAUGUACUUACAAUGUUUAUUCAUACAACGCGGGAGAAACGAGACAACUUGGGCUGUGCUAAGGAAAUUCGGAUACGACAACGAGCUGCAAAUGUCAAAAGAAUAUGUCCAUCCUUCAUUAAAGGUCCCGCUUGGCUGUAGCACGGAAUUAUCGCACAAGGGACAGGAAUUCCUAACGUUACUGUUUAUGCAGCACGAUCGCGAUCGCGACGGAGCUCUCUCGCCCUUGGAAAUGGAAUCGUUGUUCUCGCGAUGUCUCUUCCCGCCGUGGGGCGACGAAUACAAGUACACUGUACCCACGAAUGAGAAGGGAUGGAUUACGUUUCAAGGAUACAUGUGUCAGUGGGCACUGCUCACAUUGACGAACGUGCGCAAAACCUUGGAAUACAUGGCGUAUCUGGGAUACAACAUGUACCACAACGAGUGUCAGACGAGCUCCAUUGUCGUUACUCGCGAGAAGAAGGUGGAUCUGGCGAAGAAGCAGUCCAGCAGGAAUGUUUACACUUGUCACGUCAUAGGACCGAAGAGUAGCGGGAAGACUACGUUGUGUAGAACUCUGAUCGACCCCAAACUCGAGAAACUGAACGACAAAGUGGUACCGUCGAACGCCCACGUCACUGUGAACACGUUGCACGUGUACGGGCAGGAGAAGACGAUAAUGUUGAAGGAUAUAAACGUGCUGAACGUUCAGGACGCUUUAACGCCGGCGGAAAUACAAUGCGACGCGGCUGCUCUCGUCUACGACGCCAGUAAUCCGAAGUCGUUUGAGUAUAUAGCGCGUAUCUACAUCAAAUACUUCGCCGACAGUAAGAUUCCUGUUCUGAUAGUAGCGAAUAAAAGUGACCUUUCCGAGGUGAAGCAGAGCUAUCUGUUGCAACCGGCCGCCUUCUGCAGCAAGUACAAACUGAUGCCUCCGCAGCCGUACAGCAUCUCACGUACGAUCCGGCGUGAGAUCUUCGUCAAGCUAGCUACGAUGGCAGCCUUCCCCCGCUUUCAAGGAGCGUGGGUAUUAUUUUACCGAGACAGGCACAUAAAUCAAUUCGGCCUAAUGCAAGGGGACUCCCUGGUCUGGUGGAAAGCAGGGAUAGGAAUCGCGAUCGCCACGAUCGCCGGCUACGUGAUGAUGCGCGUAUUGAACACGGAGAAAAGAUAGUCUACCAUAUUCGUGCUACUUGUGCGUGUUUUAACUGCCUCUCCUCGUCGAAUAAAGAAAGAGAAAGCCGUAUUAUAGAUAACCGCGUUACAUAGGAUGAAUAUAUACCUAUUAUAUAUUAUAUUCAUAAAUAUAUAAUAUAUAUUAUAUAUAUAUAAAUAUUUUAUUAUAUAUAUUAUAAAUAUAUUAUAUAUAUAUUAUAAAUAUAAUAUAUAUUAUAUAUAUAUAUAUAUAUAUUCAUAAAUCACACACUAAUUUUCGAGAUACACAAUAGCUAAGUAUUAGAGAAAACAUAUAUGAUAAAGUGCAAAUACUGUCGUGUAGAGGCGCGCUUACUUGGUUCUGGUCAAAAUAUCAAAGUUUUUAUUUGCUGAAUCCCCAUCCCAAUGUAUCAUCAUGUAAAAGCUAUUUUCAUCUUCUGUAAUAAAUUAUUUGUUUAAUGUAUUGUAAUAUAAAGUGAAAGAAAUGUGAGGCACCGCCUAUCUCUUACUCGUCUCAA